AUGGUCCAUGUCGGGCCGCAGAAAACGGGCACCACAGCCAUUCAAGACUUCUUGGAUCAGAAUGCCGAUUGGCUGCGCACCCAGGGCUUGAGUGUGGGCUUCCAUGGUUUCCCACAUGCCAACUGCCUACAUCAUUGCCAAGCCACUGCUCUUUACCUGCACUGUAAGCGGCAAGUCGACUUGGCAUCUCAGGGUGUGGUAAAGGAGCAGAAUGACAACUGCAGCUUCCUCCAGUCGAAGCUUAACUCAUCGAAGUUGGUGGUCUUGUCUUCUGAAGCCUUCACGAAGUUUGACCACGGAACUUGGCGAUGCUUCAAGGCCCAAGUUGGUGCUGACACGUGCCUCUCUGCAGUGGUCUUCCACCGGAAUGCAGCUGACUGGGUUGCAUCACAGUGGUCACAAGCGAGCACGUAUGACAGCACUCCGGUGGCAUUGUCGACCUACUUGGCUCAGAGCGCGCGAGAUCCCGCCCAUGCAGAGGGCGACGUGGACGGACAGCUGAAGCUGCUCAACAAGUUGCAAGUCUUCGAAAAGGUUAUUCCUGUGUCCUAUGACUAUUUGAAGGAGGUGAACUGUAGCGGUGCGGCUUUUUUAAUCUGCAAUGCAAGUCUUGGCUUGGCAGGCAAGAAGUGGCUGCAAUGCAAGAGGUCCGUCGACAUUCGCCAGACUUUUCCAAACAAGUCCCCACCGCGUGCAGCGAUCGAUGUAGUUCGGCUGGCACGAGAUUUUUACGAAAUAAAGCAAGCGAUGCAGAGAAACAGCUCAUGGUGCAAACCCUGGCCGAUCACGAAGAUGAGCAAGUUCUUGUUUUAUCAUCCUGAAACGGUUCCGAUCUCCCGAAAUCCUGCUGUCGUGGAGGCGGCGAAACACAUCCCAGUGAAGUGUGAAAGAUUGGAUGGCUUGUUCCAUCACGAGACUGUGAGAUGGUUUUCGCGAACAGGUGCCAAGAGGCCCCGGUCUCGCUCUAGACCCAUUUGCACUGCAGAUGUUGCUUCCUUCGAGGCGAAGCACUGGCGGUCGAUCGGCAAGAUUGCACCCGAUUGCUAG